CGUGGGAGAGAUGUGGGCGGCACAGUAGGCGGCGUGGUGGGCCCCAGCGCCCGACGGCGGCUGGCAUUUUCCGAAUUAAUCUCCCCAAUGUCAUUCUCCCUCAGUUUUAAUUAUUUAAUUUGUUUAUUUUAUUUUAUCUUUUAGCGUCAGGCAAGGCAGUUACUCUCUGAAUCAACCACCGCUAUGAGGUAGCCUCUACGCGGAGAGAUUACCCAACACCGAUCGAUCGACCUCGCGCUCGAUCAUGAGCGCACCGCCGCCGCCGCCAGACGCCGGCGGCCGUCGCCGGCCGCCGCCGAUGACGACGCUCGCGCCGCCGCACGGGCUGGUGGUCGUCGGAGACGACGCCGUGCGGCGCGCCGUGGUGGCGAGGCUUGGAGUGAACUUCCGAGCGACGGUUUGCUCGGAGAUCAACGCCGCCGUGGAGAUGCUGCGUGAGAGAAUGAAAGAAUUCGAUUUCGUGGUGAUUUCAGAAGAGUUGAUCAUUAGAAGCUCAAGGCCAGAGAUCAUGAAAUUUUUACGCGAGACAGGGCUGAGGCUACUCGUGCUGAGGAAUGAGGGAGGCAACGAGUACAGUUUCUUACCCAUGACCAAUUCACGCACGUAAGAGGAAGAAGGACAACUACUCGACCCCGUCGUCGUCGGGCGAUCUGCCACGGUCAACAGAGAGAUUCCACAGGCGGCGUCGUCGUCGUCGUCGUCGUCGUCUAGGCUGCAGGCGGCAUCACCGCACGGUGACAGCAGCAACGGCGCCCCGGCGACGACGACCAUGGCGGCAACGGCGGCGGUGGCGGCGAUAGCCUCGUCGGUGAAAAGGGCGACCAACAACCGGAGGAAACAACGGCGCGCCAAAGUGCAAUCUGGCCGCCAGCAUCGGCAGAGGAAGCGGAGGCUCGUCUGGACAGACGAGCUGCAGAAGAUGUUCAGGGAAGCAUUUAACCAGCUCUCGCUGACACAAAGUAAUACAUAGCUUUAUCUAUGAUGUCGUAUAUGCAUACAUAAUAACAUUUCCGAUACUAGAGUUUUGGAGCCAUACAAAAUAGCUACUUCCUCUGUCCCAAAAUGUAGCUACCUAGUACGGGAUGUGACAUUUCCUAGUACUACGCUGUCCAGAUUCAAAGUACUAGAAAAUAUCACAUCCCGUACUACUCUCUCCGUCCUAAAAUAACUCAACCUAAGAGGAGAUGUGUCCAGAUUCGUUGUUCUAGGAGGGGUCGCAUCCCCUCCUAUGUUGAGUUUUUUUUGGGACGGAGGGAGUAGGUAGCUAUAUUUUGGGACCGAGGAAGUAGUAUCUAAUACUAGAUCCAUAUUAAUGUUUAUUUAGCAUUACUUUACAUGUUUAUCAUAUUCUAUGUAGUUAACAAUGAAAUAAUCUUAUUUACCAAGUUUUAUGUUCAAACUACAAUUUAUGAAGGCUUUUAAAUUUCCAAUAUCUAAUGGAUGUAUAUAUUAAAUGUUAGUUUCGAUAUACAUAAUUAAACCUCCAUGACAUUCAAAUUUCAUAUGUGUAUGUAUAUUGGUAUUUAUGUUAAGAUUUGAAUUCUUAUCACUCUGUUUUGAUAAUAAAGAUCCAAGAGGACUAUGAAAAAAAUGUUAGUACCAUAGUUUGUUUUCUUUUACAUAUCCUACUUUUAAAUGGAGCACAAUUAGAGGAUCAAUUUCAAACCGUUCAAAUGUCAGUCCUUAUUAUAAUUCUUAUUUCAUGUGUUAUAUGUAGCCUUAUAUGUAUAGGUUUUAAUGAUGAUAAUACCAAAUAUUGGUCCUUAAUAACAUAAUUGGUAAUUGAUAAGGUCGUAUACAAAUAGCACUUUAAAUAAGAGCACGGUGUAUAUAUAAAAUGGCUCUAAGUGAAAUUUGUUUUAAAUAUAUUUUUUUCAGUUGAUAGUGUUUACAAUUAUUCUUCCUUCAUUUUACUAAAUAUUAGUGCUUAAUAAUAAAUUAUUUCCUAUUGUUUUAUUAGACCCGGUGCCCACAAAAAUACUUUAAGUUGAUGAAAUUGAUGAUUGAUCCGAUGAAUGAUUUAAGUCUAACCCGAGAUAACAUUGCUAGUUAUCUCCAGAAGCAUAAGAAACGUCUUCAAAAAGAAUAUCAGAAACAUCAGAAUCUUCUUGAACAAAAAGACCAACAGUUACCUAUUGUUGACAAUACCAAUACCAGUUCUAUCCAACAAAAAAAUAUGCAUUAUGGUAAGUAUGAUAGCAUGAACAAUCAACCACUGGUUCUAUCAGAAUCCUGCUACAAUGAACAUAGUAACAAGCAACCCAAGUUGAAGGAACCCACGUUGUUGACAGCUAAUUAUCAUGGGCUUAGAAACAUGCAUCAUCAUCACAAAAACAUCAUCAACAUGGAACCUUCCAAUGUACUGCGGCCUCCUAACUUGAACAAUGCAAAGGGCUUUAAUAUGCCCUUCAACAAGGAAGGAGUCGAUGAAGCCAUAUAUCAGAGCCAACUAAUGGCACAUCAAGUUUAUGCAAAUCAUGUUGAUGCAACAGCACAAACCACCUGGGAAGUAACGAUGACGCAAGAUAUGCGCCCCAUAUCUCAAGUACAUCAACAUGGUUGUGAAACAACACCUGUCGAUUCCUCUAAUAAUACAAAUGGCAUAUCUGAAAAUAAUAAUUACCAUGUUGGGAGGAAGAAUUCUAGAGCAAAUAUGGUUGGCAUCCUUUGGCCAUUGUUGAGAUAGAUUUUGGCGUGAUCGCAAAUUUUGAUAGGUGUGGCUACACCUUUGAGUGCUGAAAUAUAAGUUGCUGCUUCUAUCUUAAAACAAUAUAUAUUCUUAGUUGAAGAAUUCAUAUUGCUUAUGCUACUUUAGUUAAUAUUAGUAGUUUCAGGGAGUUUGGCUUAAUUCAUAUCCAGUUUAAAGUUGUCUGGAUAUCAAUCUCCUCUAAACAAGGUUGAAACCUUUAAGAGAGUUUCUAUUACAUCUAAGAGAGAUAUUGCUUAUGUGAA